AGGGAUUGGCAGAGAGGGGUGGAAGACAGUGGAGGGAUUGGCAGAGAGGGGUGGAAGAUAGUGAGUGGAGACCAGUGGAGGGAUUGGCAGAGAGGGGUGGAGGACAGGAUGGAGGACACUGAAUGGAAGCCAGUGGAGGGAUUGGCAGAGAGGGGUGGAGGACACUGAAUGGAUGCCAGUGGAGGGAUUGGCAGAGAGGGGUGGAGGACACUGAAUGGAUGCCAGUGGAGGGAUUGGCAGAGAGGGAUGGAGGACACUGAAUGGAUGCCAGUGGAGGGAUUGGCAGAGAGGGGUGGAGGACACUGAAUGGAUGCUAGUGG